UAGACCGACCGAGUUCUGAUGCAAAGAGGUAAGAAAUUCCACGUGUUCUUACAGGAACAAAAUCUAGCCGUCCAAAAAACUAGACAAACAACCACGCACGCACGAUUCUUAUGUUUAUUUCCUUCAAACUGUUUGCAAAUAUUUUUCGCAAAAACAAAGCAAUCAAGCGAAGCCCAACUAAAAAACAAGGCAAAGCCGCUGCCGAAAGUCGAAUCUACUGUCUAUACCCAAAAAUAGUAGCUUGUACUAAGAAAGCAACCAGUUCCUCCACAGCAAUGAUUGUGUAAUUACUCUUUCCAUUUUUUUACCUUUCUGAUUCUCAGUUUUCUCAGAUUAUCUCAAUUCCUUUUUUUUUUAUUUAAAUAAGAUAAACCCAUCAAUUGAAAUACCUGCCCGUUUCCCCAGGAUCUGAGAUUAUUGGUUUCUGGGGACAGACGCAUAAUUUAUGGUGUUAUGGUCUUGACACAAGAUAUUGCUCUGUGACGUAUGCAGAAUUUGCUUUGUUCGGCCUUAAGGAUUACUUGUCAUAACAUCCUUGUAUUGGCUCUCAUUAUUUUUCCCAUAAAUUCUCUGCUGGUUGAUUUUCUGAUAAAAGAGGGUGAUGAUGGCCAAUCUAAAUGCAUCAACAUCCAUGGUUCCUUCAGAAUCUGGGGAACAAAGGGGAACUCUUAUGGUGGAGUCAAACAUGAAUGUGCUUCAACCUCCUAUGAACCACCAAAAUCGAACCUCCUCUGAUGGUCCUGUGGCUAUCCUUUGGGAUAUAAAGAACUGCCCUGUCCCAGGUGAUGUCCGGCCUGAAGAUGUAGCAGGGAAUAUAAGAAUGGCUUUGCAAGUGCAUCCUGUAAUUAAAGGAGCUGUCUUGAUGUUUUCUGCUUAUGGGGAUUUUAAUGCCUUCCCUAGGAGGCUCAGGGAGGGCUGCCAGAGAACCGGUGUCAAACUGAUAGAUGUCCCAAAUGGAAGGAAGGAUGCUGCUGACAAGGCUAUCUUGGUUGACAUGUUUUUAUUCGCCCUUGAUAACCCUCCACCUUCAUCUAUCAUGCUGAUUUCAGGGGAUGUUGAUUUCGCUCCAGCUCUUCACAUACUUGGCCAACGUGGAUAUACAAUCAUUCUUGUUAUUCCUGCUGGGGUUGGUGUUUCAUCCGCGCUGAGCAGUGCUGGUAAAUUUGUUUGGGACUGGUCUAGUGUUGCUCGUGGGGAAGGUUUUGUACCUCCCUCAAAGGCCUUAACGCCUCCUCGAGGAGGAUUAGCUGAUAUUGCUGGUUAUUUCAUGGGGUGCCAUAUUAGUGACAAUCCAGAUAGCCAAAAUGAGGAAGAGGCAAUAGUUUAUAGGGGCAUUUCACAAAGCUAUUACAACUCGAGAGAUUUCUCAAUUGUGUCACAAUCAUUUUCUGAAUAUACAAGUAACCCUUCAAUAGCCGUACCUUCUUUCCCUACAACUUUGAGGUCACAAAGUCUCCCAUCCGGUUUAAAUGAAGCAUCGGGAUGUCCUGGCUUUUAUGAUCAGAAUGAUACUAUGUGGGUACAACCUGGAGACAUAAAUGGUUUGAAGGGACAACUGGUGAAAUUGCUAGAACUUUCAGGAGGAUGCAUGCCUCUUACCCGAAUUCCUGCUGAGUAUCAAAAGUUUUUUGGGAGGCCUCUUUACGUGGCAGAGUAUGGGGCAUUCAAACUUGUUAAUCUGUUCAAAAAGAUGGGUGACACUCUGGCAAUUGAUGGAAAAGGUCAUAAGAAAUUUGUCUACCUUAGAAACUGGAAAGCAGGCCCAAGUGCACCUCCUUUGGAUCUGGCAAGGAAAGAUAAAAAGGGGAGGGGGAAUCAGGAAGAAAACAUUGAUGUUGCUGCAGGUGCUGGCUCUUCUGAUGAGUUUUCUGAUGAGGAAAGAGUGGUAGUUAAAGAACGUGAUGAGAGGAGGAAUGAAGGAUGGACUAACUUUGGAGUAGCAGGAUGUGAUGUUGAUGAGCGCAAUCUUGAACAAUUUAAAUAUGAGUUGCAGGAAAUUCUUGUGAGUUAUUCUUGCCGGAUUUUCCUGGGUUGCUUUGAAGAAAUAUACCAGCAGCGGUAUAAGAAACCGUUGGACUAUAGAAAGCUCGGUGUUGAGAAGCUGGAGGAGUUGUUUGACAAGGUGAGGGAAGUUGUGGUCUUGCAUGAAGAACCAGUAAGCAAGAGGAAAUUUCUCUUUGCAGUGGGUAGCUAGAAGAAUCAGACAGAUUCUUUCCUCUAAGCCGUUGUUUCUUUUUUUACAAAAAAAAAAAAAAAGAAUAGAUCAGACCUUUGAGCAAUGCUUAUCAAUGCUUGGUCUCUGAUCUGUCUCUAUCUCUCUCUCUCUCUCUCUCUCUCUCUUUUAAUUUGUUUUGCCACGGUUUCAUAAGUGGUAGAUAGGACAGGCUGGGAGCACUGUUAUUUUUGUUGUGCAUCAUGCAUGGAUUUGGAGUUUAAAAUUUCCAUGUAAUUCUCAUGCCUUGUCAUUGUAACUGAUCAACAUAUGACGUGGAACUCUGUUGUAAAUUAAAAUAUCGAGUUAUCAA